UGAUAAAAGCUACCCGGUGACAUUAAUUCGUCCGGUUAACCGUCCCAUCCCGUCCUGCUCCCCCUCUACUUGUACCACUCCCAUGCACUGCUUCCAUUCCGUAGUUCCACUCCACCUGGUCGAGAGUCGAGACUCGAGAGCGAGUAGCCGAGACCCGUGGAUUCUUUCACUCAUGGACGCAAAGGCGGAGGCAUCCGGCGACGACGCGGUCCCGGAGGCGCCGGAGCAGUCCGUCGUCCUCAUCUCCGCCGGCGCCAACCACUCCGUCGCACUGCUCUCGGGCCAGAUGGUGUGCUCCUGGGGCCGGGGCGAGGACGGGCAGCUGGGCCACGGAGACUCCGAGGACCGGCCGGUGCCGACGGUGCUGACCUCCUUCGACGUGCCACGCAUUACGUCCGUCGUCUGCGGUGCCGACCACACCGCCGCCUACUCCGACGACGAGAUGCAGCUCUACAGCUGGGGAUGGGGAGACUUCGGGAGGCUGGGGCAUGGCAACUCCAGCGAUGUGUUCAACCCACAGCCGGUCGUGGCCCUGCAGGGGAUGAAGAUCAAGCAGAUCGCCUGCGGUGACAGCCACUGCCUCGCCGUCACCGUCACCGGACAAGUGCAUAGCUGGGGGCGCAAUCAGAACGGCCAACUUGGUCUCGGAAACAAUGAAGACUCGCUGCUCCCGCAAAAGAUCAAGGCUUUUCAGGGUGUCUGCGUAAAAAUGAUCGCUGCUGGCGCCGAGCAUACUACGGCCAUAACUGAAGAUGGCCAUCUCUACGGAUGGGGCUGGGGUCGGUACGGCAACCUAGGUCUCAGCGACCGCGACGACCGAUUAGUCCCGGAAAAGGUUUCUUCCGUUGAGGGAGAAAAGAUGGUGCUCGUUGCAUGUGGGUGGCGCCACUCGGUCAGUGUGUCGUCGUCUGGUGGCCUGUACACGUACGGGUGGAGCAAGUAUGGCCAGCUAGGCCAUGGUGAUUUCGAAGACCAUCUGGUUCCACGCAAGCUCGAGGCCCUCAAGGACGUUUCCAUUUCUCAGAUUGCAGGUGGGUGGAGGCAUACAAUGGCUGUCGCUUCAGAUGGGAAACUCUACGGAUGGGGGUGGAACAAGUUUGGCCAAGUUGGUGUUGGAGAUGAUGUGGAUCACUGUUCCCCAGUAGAGGUGAAUUUUCCGGAUGAACAGAAAAUUGCACAGGUUGCCUGCGGAUGGAGGCAUACUCUUGCCCUGACAGAAAACAAGAAUGUUUUCUCAUGGGGCAGGGGUGCCAGUGGACAGCUUGGUCAUGGUGAAAUAAUCGACAGGAACACACCCAAGAUGAUCGAUGCCCUGAGCCUGGACGGGACUGCUUGCAAGCAGCUGGAGUCAUCAAACGCUGUUCCAAUGACAGCUAAAGUCUGGGUCCCUCCUUCGAAGCGAUUCGCCAUCGUCCCUGAGGAGAAUGUCAGUAAACCAGGCAAUGGAACCGACAAGCACGCGCCUGAAGGCGAUGCCAAGAGGAUGCGCGUCUGAGCAUAUGUCCUUCUUCCACCUUCCUUGGCCACCUAUCAGUAAUUCAGUAUACAAAUAAGCUUACUUGCUUGGACAACUUUCUCCUUCACCAUCUAAUAGUAUACAUGGUGCCCAGUUUUAGUGCAUUGUCUUCAUCCUGAAGUAAUGAUGUAUUUAAUGAUGUGCUAUAGACUCUAGCGGUUUCAAAAGGUAUUGACCAAGGUGGGCAGCCGCUUGUUAAAUUUUCAGUUAGAGGGAACUCCCGGUACUAGUAAUUUGUCAAGAGCGUAAUAAAAUAAUCAGUUUUGUUAAUUCUCACAUAACUCAGAAUUAACAAAGUCUAAAUCAUUCGUGGUUGUUA